ACUCUUCUUUGCGUGUUUUUCUUACCACACGGUAUUUGAUGGCAGGCACUUAGCCACACGCAUACUCUCGCACGCUUCCAGCCCCACAUCCCCUUACUCCGCACGACCGUAAGCUGCGUCAACUUAAGGGGGUCACGAGAUCAUCGGUCGCAUGACUAACAAGGAAGCACGCCUGGAUUUAUUGAUCUUCCCCGCUAGAAUCAACGUUAACCCCUUCGGCUUAGAUAUAGAUAGCAUUGAUAGAUAUUUCGGUGUCAACUGGCUAGGCCACUCCUACGCCAUGAACCUCCUUUAUCCGCUUCUCCGUAAAACCUCGCAGUUCCCUGAUAUACCUCCGCCGCCCAUUGUCUUCGAAGCGUCCGAAAUGCACCGUAUGGCACCGUCCAACGUGCAUUUCGCUUCAUUUGAAGAGACCAAUAAUAAGUCAUGGAUGGGACCCAUCUCUAUGGCCGAUCCAAGCUGGCAUUGAUCCUUGGUGCCAAAGGUAUAGUUCCUAAAGUUAUUGAACCGAUUGGAGACAAAGACCUCACAUUGUCUGUGUAUCCAGGAACUGUAAGUAUGGUUUAUCAUUUGCAAAACC